AUGAAUGAGGAUAAAUCUGAAAACGAUAGCUGCAGUGCAGAACCACAGCACAGAAUGAAGUGGAAUUCACGUCUGGGUUACCUACUCUCCUUGGUUGGAUGUUGCGUGGGAUUUGGAAAUUUGUGGAGGUUCCCUUACAUCUGUAACAGGAACGGUGGAGGAGCUUUCCUCCUGCCGUUCCUACUCUGCCUCUUUGUGAUUGGAUUCCCAAUGUUCUUCUUGGAGGCAGCCCUCUCUCAGUUCUCGGGAAUGGCAACUCCUCGUGUGUGGAGGUUUUGUCCUAUAUUGAAAGGCGUUGGCGUAGGUACUAUUAUGUCAUGCACAGCAUUCACCCCAACCUACAAUGUCCUCCUGGCGUGGACCACUUAUUACAUGGUGAAGUCCUGUUCUAACGUUCUGCCCUGGACGACUUGUGGCAACAGCUGGAACACUGAUCAGUGUGUGGAAGCUAUGACGAUUAGCACCUUCAACAGCAACAGGACAUUUGUAGGCAAUGCAUCCAGUCUUGAGGGAGAGUUGUGGGAGACGACGACACUGGCUCAUACUGCUGCUGAGGAGUUUUGGCAGUAUGGAGCUUUCCUCCUGCCGUUCUUACUCUGCCUCUUUGUGAUUGGAUUCCCCAUGUUCUUCUUGGAGGCAGCCCUCUCUCAGUUCUCGGGAAUGGCAACUCCUCGCGUGUGGAGUUUUUGUCCUAUAUUGAAAGGCGUUGGCAUAGGUACUAUUAUGUCAUGCACAGCAUUCACCCCAACCUACAAUGUCCUCUUGGCGUGGACCACUUAUUACAUGGUGAAGUCCUGUUCCAGCGUUCUGCCCUGGACAACUUGUGGCAACAGCUGGAACACUGAUCAGUGUGUGGAAGCUGUGAAGAUUAGCACCUUCAACAGCAACAGGGCAUUUGUAGGCAAUGAAUCCAGUCUUGAGGGAGAGUUGUGGGAGAACGACACACUGGCUCAUACUGCUGCUGAGGAGUUUUGGCAGUACAACGCACUAGGUAUUUCCAGUGGUUUGGAGGAGGUUGGGUCGGUGCAGUGGCACAUGGUCGGCUGUCUCUUUGCUUCCAGCAUCAUUAUAUGUCUCUGCAUGGUUUCUGGAAUAAAGUCUAUAGAGAAAGUUGUGUAUGUGACGGCAAUAGUUCCAUACAUUCUUCUGGUGACCAUCUUCAUAAGGAUGCUGAUGCUGCCGGGAGCUGGAGCUGGUCUGCUGUACUACCUCACACCAGACUUCAGUAGACUCCUCCACGCACAGGUAUGGCUUGAGGCAUGUAUCCAAGUGAUGUUCUCUCUGACAGUGGGCUGGGGGCUGAUUGGCACUGCUUCCAGCUACAGCCAGUUCCAUGAGCCCUGUCUCAAAGACGCCAUCAUCGUGACUGCUGUAUCAGAAGGAACAAGCAUCUUUGCUGGAUUUGUGAUAUUCGCCACCCUUGGCGUCAUGUCGGAGAAGACUGGUGUUCCUAUUUCAAGAGUGGUUUCCAGUGGUUUGAAGCAGUUCAGCAAUGAUAUUGAGAUGAUGCUAGGGAAACCCCUUGCAACCCCUUUUAAGAUUCUCUGGGCCUUCGUACUUCCUGCAGUGCUUUUGGCCGUGCUGUUACUGUCCCUACUACGAUAUGAACCACCUUCCUAUGGCAAGUACACGUAUCCAGGUUAUGCCAGUGUCAUUGGUUGGUUCGUUGCAUCAGCUCCACUUAUUCCUCUGCCAAUCUAUGCCAUCAAAGCAGUGAGGAAGCACCUGGUGUCCCACACACUCAAAGAGAGUAUCAAACUGGCCUUGAGGCCAGAGGAGGUGUGGUGUCCAGCAGAUCCACUUCGACGGAAGGAAUAUCGAGACAGUUUAAAGAAAACUGAGUACUCUAAUGUCUGCUCCCCUAAACAGUCUAGCAAGUGA